AUGGUGAGUCUUGUUUGGUCUUUCCUCAGCAAUGAAAUGGCAUCCAUUGAUUCUCUCCAAUUCUACUCUCUCUGUAAUCUCCAGUCGUCGUCGAUUGGAAGAGUCAAGCUCCGGAUUCCUUCAAGUUUUGUUGUUUUCAGAAGAAGACCUGAAAAUCUGAACUGGGUUCGAGUCGAAACCCAUCGAAGGUUUGUGUGCAAAGCGAUUGGUGAUGAUUCCUCGACUCCAGAUGAAGAAAUUCAGAAUACUCAGAAUGAUGAUGAUGUUGCUACGUCUCAGAGUAACAUUCCCCGUCGUGGUUCGGAGGAUUCGAUUUCGAGAUUUCGGAGUAUGAUUACUAACAUUGCUCGUGACUCCGAGAGUUCGAUUUGGAGAUUCCGGAGUAUGGUUACCACACUUCCUCCUGUCAUCUUCGUGAUGAAAAAGUGCUCAGGGAACAGCCUUUGGAUCGGGAUAUGCAUCGCAGCUACUGUUUUAGUCGCUGCUAUUCGGGCUUAUGUGAUAAGAAAGUCGAGAGAUAACCGUACUACUGGCUCUGUUGCUGAUCUUGUGAGACGUGGCCAGCUGAGAUCUGGUGAUAGAAGAGGCAUCUCCAAAUCUCUUAAUUACGAGGAUCCAUUCAACAACCCGUUUGUUAAAGUUGGUAAAGGAAGCUCAACAGUAGAGAUGUGCGGGAAAGUUUAUCGGCUAGCUCCAGUCACACUUACGGAGAAAGAACAAACUAUUCAUCAGAAAAGAAGGUCAAGAGCUUACCAAUGGAAAAGACCAACGGUUUUCCUCAAAGAAGGAGACUCAAUACCGUCUGAUGUUGAUCCCGAUACAGUCAGAUGGAUCCCCGCAAAUCAUCCGUUCGCAACCACGGUUAGCGAUAUCGAUCAAGACCUUGCCCAGACCAAUGUCUACCAGAAGCAAGGUGUUCCUUUCCGGAUCCGAGCUGAGCAUGAAGCUAUGCAGAAAAAGCUCGAAGCUUUACAAAAUGAGGAGAAAUUGAACAAUCUGGGUAUUGAUACUCAAAAUGCCAGAGAUUUUCAGAGGCCAUACAAGUUCUCUGCCAAGCUCGAUGACGAUAGUAUACAGAAGAAUUCUCCGGAGAAUCAGACAGGCAAUUCAUCAACCUCUGAGGAGGAGGAGACUCGCAAGUCCUGA